AUUCACUGGAGAGAGAGAGAGAGAGAGAGAGAGAGAGAGAGAGGAAGAGAUGGUGAGAACUCCAAGCUGUGAUAAAAAUGGAUUGAAGAAAGGCACAUGGACAGCAGAGGAAGACAGAAAGCUAACAGCUUAUGUUACUAGGUACGGCUGCUGGAAUUGGCGGCAGCUUCCCAAGUUUGCAGGUCUAUCAAGGUGUGGGAAGAGUUGCAGACUUCGAUGGAUGAAUUAUCUGAGGCCAAACAUCAAAAGAGGGAACUAUAGCAAGGAAGAAGAGGACACUAUCAUCGAGUUACACGAAUCAAUGGGGAAUAGAUGGUCUGUCAUUGCUGCGCGGCUGCCGGGAAGAACAGACAACGAGAUUAAAAAUCAUUGGCACACGAACCUCAAGAAACGAGUACUAGAACAGCAGAACUCAGUGCCACAUGAAGAAAAACACAGCUCAAACAAUCUUGCCCCGCGUGAAAAAAGACAGAAGAGAGUAAAACAGCAAAACAAUUCUCUUCUAAAUCCAACAACUUCCCAAAUCAUUGAUAGCUCACCAUCAUCCUCAACUGGAUCCUCCUCCAUCUCCAAAGACACUGCAGUUGCAACUAGCACAGAAGCAUAUGAAGAAACAAGUGAUAGUUUUUGGACACAGCCAUUUCUGACAGAUUGUUCCUUUGUGUCGAGUGAUUUCCUAGAGCAGCCAUUUGUGGACCCUGAAUAUAUAUCUCCCGUGUUUGAUGAAAUCUUCUGCCCAUAUGGUUUGUACGAGGAAAAUAUCAUAACCUCAAACAAUCUCUCCCCUACCCAAAACAUCAUUGAUGGCUCACCAUCAUCCCCACAACCUUCUUCAAGUGAAUUCUCUUCUUCAAGUGGUAAUUUUUGGACACAGCCAUUUUCUGCAGAUAAUUCCUUCAUUCCAAAUGAUUUCCUAGAACCGUUUAUGGACACUGAAUAUUUAUCUCCCGUAUUUGAUGAAGUCUUGUGCCCAUAUGAGGAGGGCUUGAACUGAUUAAACAAAUAUAUGCAUGGAGAAGUUGAUCGAUCUGUUCAAUUCCCUACCCUUAGGGUUAGUGGGAUUGGGGUGGGAUGGGGGUGGGAAUUCUAGCA